ACUCCCUCAUGGCCCCGCUUUUGGCACACGAUGGCAAAAAGGUUAGCCAUCACUGGUAUAGGUUCUCCUCCUUGAGCAGGGGGCUGGACUAGAGCUCCAAAUUCCCUUCCAGCUUGAUUCUAAUUCUGAAUCCUCAAUCCUUUCUUGUGCUUUUUGCUAAGUUGGAGGUUUGAAAGCAAACAUGAGCAUCAGUGGAGAUGAAGGUUAUCGUUUGGCCUGAAAGUGAUGUGUGGCUGUCAAUAUUUAAGUGGUGGAGAUUCCCCAAUCAUUUCAAGAAGCUCUUUCUGAUGAGUAUAUCCACUAGAGCAGAGUUGCAGGCAGAAAUGCAAAAGUCCUGAAUACCUUACUAUUGUUUCAGCUUUUCUUACUUUGCUUAAUAUUGUCGAAAUCUGUCUUUUCACCCUGCUUCAUAUUAUGUAAUGCAAGUUAUAAUGUGGCUGUUCUUGAGGGAAGAGAGUUUAAAUCCUCCAGAGAGAUUUUUCUCCAUCUCCACAGAUGGUUCCUGGACAGGAAAGAGAGGAAGAUGGAGAAAGUGCCACCUCUGAAGAAGUUGAAGCCUUUGUCAGGCAGGGAGCCCUUGAGAGGGGCCUUUUCUCCUACUCCCAAGCCCAUCAUCCCUACCCUCUCCCUUCCCCUCAGACACGCUCCUCUUUCCCGCCCUUUCUACAAUCCUGCCAGUUUGCACCAAAUCCGCCAGGGGGACCCCUCUGCUAAGACAAGUGAACUCCCGGUGCUUCCCCAUUGGUCCACCGCAGGGCGAACGUCACAGCUUUCUUUUUAGAGGAGGCUGCGAAGGAACCCGCUUGACGCUCUAGGAUGCCGCACUCGCUCGCCUUAACCCCUGGGGCUCCGCGGGAGGCGGAGAGUGGCGGGUGGAGACCCAGACGUGCCCCGGGUGAGGUGGGGGCUCUUCCCGGGCAAAGAGAGGCGGAGGAGGGAGAGACAUUCGCCCAGCCUUCCUCUGGCUUCAACCCCAGAUCCCAUGCUCCCCAGCCGCCCUCUCCAUGCUCAGCAGGAUCCGGGUCUCCCUUCCCUUCCCUUUGUCCGGGGAAGAGCCCGAGUAUGGGGAGGGGAGGGUCGGCCUUGCGGAGGCCCAGCAGGAGGGGAGAGAAGCCGGAUAAAGAAACUUGAAGCCAUUUGAAAUCUUUUCAAGGCAAAAUUUUUCUUGGGGGAAAAAAAAGAGCGGAAUCCCUUGGAGGGAUCAGUCCUGCAGCACCAGAAAUGGUCCCAUGAAGGAAAAGGCAUCUGGAGACCCAUCAGAGUCCUUGGAGCCAUUUGGAGUUGCUCUACAGGACAGAUAAAGGAUGGAGACACAACCUUUUGGAAAGGAGGGAAGCGGAAAAGGCCCUUCAGCUGUUCAGCCUGGGAGCUGUGGGGAGACUUGGACAAGAACUGGGCAGGAGAUCCUGAAGGAGGAAACCAUCCUCCCUUCACAAGUUCAGCGCUGGAAGUUCAUCCAAAAUCAGGAGGCUGAGGAUCCCCGAGGACUUUGCAGCCGAGUCCAUGACUUUUGUAGGCGAUGGCUGAGACCAGAAAAGCACACCAAAGCCCAGAUGCUGGACCUUGUGGUUCUGAAGCAGCUCCUGGCCCUUCUGCCCCUGCCGAUGAAGAGCUGGGUGCGGGAGUGUGGAGCAGAGACCAGCUCCCAGGUGGUGGCCCUGGUGGAAGGCUUCCUCCUGAGCCAGGCGGAAGAACAGAAGGAGCAGAUGGAGAUGCAAGGCUGCACUGUGGAGAUCAGAGAUCCUGAGAGAAAGACGAAUCCAUCAAAUCCCCCUCAGGAGCUAUAUUUCAGGAGGAUCUCUUGGGAAGAUCAAAGUCAGGACAUCUCAGAGAAACAAAGAAUGAAGUUUUCUGUUUUUUCUGACAGAAAUCAAACUGCGGUUGGACCUCCAAAACAAGAGAGUCUUGUGUCCUUCAAGGAGGUGGCUGUGUCUUUCUCUGAGGAGGAAUGGUCUCAGCUGGAUUCUGACCAAAAAGCGCUGCAUUUGGAAGUCAUGCUUGAAAACCAUAGGAAUGUGGUCUCUCUGGGCACUAAAUGUGGCAACCCUGAAGCUCCAAAGAAAAAGAUGGCUUCCAGGCUGACAGGCUGUGCCCCCUUAGCUGAAAAUUGUUUCCUGGAACGAGAGGAAAUCAGGAGGUAAUAGUGAGCAGGAGAAUCAAGAUUCCUGUGAACUGUUCCAAGUGCUCAAUCGUAAUGAUGGAACAGAGAAAUUUGGAAUUCAAAU